AUGAUUUUUAAUUCACUUCCCGGAUACUUGAUGAUUUCAUUUCCGAGAUUUUUUUUUCUUCUCUAUUGCAACUCCCUAUUUUUGCUUGAUUUACUUUGUGGUAAACCAGUUAGAUUCUUCAUGGUCAAGAAGUUCUCAGGUAUUCAAAAGGAAGUACUCACCUUAUACAGGAGCUGCCUAAGGGCAGUAUAUGAGAAACCAAAAGUAUGUAUACAUUCUACUCAUUAUCCGUAA